CGUCAAUGAAGAAACUCCCAGCUAGACCAUCAACAUUAAAAAUAGAGAUGGACCUCAAUAACUUGCUCCAUGAAACUGCGUCUUGAUCAAUCUUAUUUGUUAUCCAAAUCUCCAAUGCAGGACCGUUCACCCAGCUUUCCUGUAAGACCGCAAGCUGCUCCUCUUUAACAAAACAUAACAACACAAAUAUAUCUACACUAUGAGCGGUAAAUGGUAGAGGCAGCCGCUUACCAAAUCACUUUGUUGUAAAAUCAAAAGAGAUUAUACCCUCAAUAUUAUUUCUUCUACGACCCACUCUCAUCCUCUUUUUAGCUAAAAGAUGAUUAUUCCUUUCAGAGACACGCCACUUUGAUACAAAUCUAUAUUUAUUUCAGUAAAAAUAAUGCGUGAUUAUGAAAAAUAUCACUGAUAGAUUUGUGUACAUGUAAAGGGUAUAUGUUUUCUCCUUUUACUAUCUAAAAUGCUGCAUUUCGUGCUUUGAUUUUAUUAGCCGUCUAAUUUGGCCCAUUCGGUAUUUAUCUCGGGUUUGGUUUGGAUUCAUUUUUAUCGGAUCGGGUUUGGUUCUUGUUUUUGGAUUCGGUUUAUUCGCCCAGUUAUGUAUCAAAUUAAAAAAAUUGUCUGAGUUCUAAUAUAUGUCAAUAUAUUUUGGAUUCUGUUUUAAAUAAGUUAUAAAUAGAAUAUGCAAUAUAUUAUGGAUUAUUUUAAAUAAGUUACUCAUAAAAAUCCAUUAGAAUUAAUUUCAAAUGAUUAUAUAUAGGAAUAUUUGGAAAGUCAUUUAGAUGUGAGUAUUCAAUCAUUAAUUCUAAAUUCUACUAUAUGAUAUAUAGGUUUAUAAUUUAAAAGAUUAAAAAUUGAAAUUAUUUUUAAUGAAAUUAUGUGUACGAAUUAAAAAUUAUCUAUAAUAUAUCUUAGAUUUUGUAUUUAAUCAUUUACUCAUGAAAUCUAUUAGACUUAAUUUCAAAUGACACCAUAUAAUAAUCAUUUAGUUUUGAAUAAAAAUGAGUUUAAUUUAAUGAACUAUUUGAGCUUAAUUGCAGAACACUAUAUUUAGAAAUCUAUGACACAUGAUUUACAAAUAAAAGAUCUGAUAAUAUUUAGUUCUAAAACAAAAUCUAAAAUCAUUAAAUGAAUAAUACCAAAUUAUGGUUGCCCUAAAUUUAAACUUUAAAAAGUCCAUCAUUAUAUAACACCUCUUUAGUUUUGAAUAACGUUAAAUUAUAUUUUAGUAACACUAAAUUUUAAUAUAUAUUAAAUAUUUACAAAUUACAAAAUCCAAUAAUAAUAAAUUUUAAAUCAAUUUCAUUAAUAGAAAAAGCAACAUAUAGUCGUUAGAUUUGGACUAUGUUAAACUCCUCUCUCUCUCUUUUUUAAACAAAGAACAUUUAUUCUUAAACUCCCUCCUAAAAAAGGUCUUUGAAUCAUAAAUACAUCACUGAGAGAGUUCUGCAUCAUCCGAUUGCAAUAUAUAUAUCGCACUGUCAGAUUUGGGUCUUGUUACAACAAUCAAACGUAGUAGAGAACUAGAACCUCAACCAAUAAGAUCACUCAAACGAAAAUAAAAGAAGGCGGUCGAUUGGAAAAUCAUAGUGUCUCUGAGAACUUGAAACUUAGCAAAACGAUCAUCAUCAUCAUCAACAUCAGCUGCGGUAUGUCAUCAUCACCCUGGAUAUUUUCUUCUGAUUUAUAGGAGGUCCCAAAAUCUACGAAAAACAGAACCGACAUGUUGAUGAUGAGUAUGAGAAGUUAAACUUCAGCAGAGAUAGGUUUGAUGAAUGGAUAAAAACUACAGAUUUUACAUCAUGUUCUCUAAUUGGUUAGUCAUCUGCCAUUAUUUUAAAGUUUCCCUAUGAGCGCAAGGUUUAUUUCAAAAAUAAUCAACAGUUUCCCCUUAUAUUAUCUUACUAUGGAAUCUGGGUUUUCAUAUCCAUCAAAUACCAACAGCCUUGCCCUUGUUGUUGAUCCACCUCCAAAAAUCGAUUUGCCUUUUGAGAUUUUGUUUAGUGUUAAUUCAUUGGUGCAUAAUGCGUGUUUUCCUGCCACAAGUCUUGAUACUGAGUUUUAUCUGUUUCUUGAUCCCAAAACACAAGACAGAGCGCAUUAUGCUCUUCAAAAGUUAUUGUGCCUUGGAAAAUGUUCGUAUGCUCAUGUUGGUUGGCUCACCCAAGAGUACUCAGAAUGGAAGAAGAAAGAAAAGCCUAUGCAAUCGACUUUAGAAUAUAAACUUGGACUUUUUAAUAUAUGUAGGGUUAAAGUUACACCAACUAGAGUGUACUUCUCUGGACCGGAGCCUUGUGAGUCAAAUCGUGUCUUUAGAUACUAUGACGAAAUUGUUGAUAUACUCUAAAUACUCGAUUUGACUCAUGAGGCUUCAGUCCAGAGAAGUACACUCGCGUAGGUGUAAUUUUGACCCUACGUAUAUUAAAAAGUUGACGUUGAUAGUCCUUUUUUUUUUUGUCACCAACUACCAUUCAUUCAUUCCAUUUAAUUGUUUGGUGGGGGAAUUAAUUCUUCACCAGCCACCUCUUGUUCAUACAAAGAUAAGGUGUUCUUUGCAAGCAAAUCUGCAACACCAUUACUCUCUCGAGAUAUCCAGCCAAAAACAACAACAUCAAACUCAUUCGACAAACGGAGGAUGUCCUCCAGUAUCCCAUACAGCUCCAUAUCCGGCUCUCUCUUGUUGAUGGCUUUUAUUAGAUGCGCAGAGUCCGACUCGAACCGCACUCUCUUUAGGUUCAUGUCGUGGCCAAAUUUUACCGCCUCUCUGAGCGCCAACGCCUCUGCAGUAAGGGCCGUCGAGACAAAGCUAGCUCCUUUGUGCCCUCGUAGUCCAAAGUUGAUUUCGUAGGCUUUUCUUUUUUCCCCCAUUCCAAGGACUCUUUGGUUAGCCAAGCAACAUGCUCAUAGGAACAUUUUCCAAGGCAUAAUAACUUUGGAAGAGCAUAAUCAAUGAAUGCUCUGUCGUGUGUUUUGGGAUCAAGAAACUGAUAAAACUCAGUAUCAAGACUUGUGGGAGGAAGACAUGCAUUCUGCACCAAUGAAUUAACAUUGAACAAAAUCUCAAAAGGCAAAUCAAAUUCUGGAGGUGGAUCAACAACAGGGGAAAGGCUGUUGGUAUUUGAUGAAUAUGAAAACUCCGAUUCCAUAGUAAAGAUAAUAUAAGGGGAAACUGUUGAUUAUUUUUGAAAUCAACCUUGCGCUCAUAGGGAAACUUAAAAAAAAUGGCAGAUGACUGACCAAUUAGAGAACAUGAUGUAAAAUCGGUAGUUUUUAUCCAUUCAUCAAAUCCAUCUCUGCUGAAGUAUUACUUCUCAUACUCAUCAUCAACAUGUUGGUUCUGUUUUUCAUAGAUUUUGGCACCUCCUUUUAACUGAAUCAAAAGAAGCUUUGAAGCCUUUUCUUGUGAGAGAUGCCAAUUGAUUUGCCUGAUGUUCUCAAAAGGUAUCUUCAUUCGGUAGUUUCACCCAAAUGCACCGAGAAAUGCAGGUUAUGGUUGCCACUUCCAAAAGUACCACAAACACUGAACAGAUAUCUGAGUUUCUCGGGUGAACCAAAAAAUACAAAGUACAUGAGUAAACCAUCAACAUCAUGUUCCAUUGAAUCUCUGUCUUUACUGUCAGUUUCAUCUUUCCAUUCAUAAAAUUUGAGACGAUAGGGUGUGUUGACUUUGGUGGAUCGCGUGAGGAGUUUAUUCCCAUCUGUCUCUUGUGUAAAUUGAACCAACGCAUAAAAUUUACCACCUGGUCAACAGGAGUUUCUUGACUUAAAGAGACUCAGCCAAGUAUGCGGCUAGGCUGGGACAAUCUUUCGGUUCUUCUAAAGAGACGCUCAAAGUCAAAGCUGAUGAUAUUGAGCUAAUUCCUGAUGUGGAGAUCUUCUCUUUAGAGAAACGCUAUCCAGGGAACGACUAGGAAUAAUGCAUUCCCUCACGUUUCCUACCAUUCACGAGGAAUAAAUUUUUCUUCUCGUUCCCUGCCAUUCCUUUUUUUGUAGAGAAAGAACAAAAGUAUUCCUUGUUAAAUUUGAGAAAGAACAACCAUUCUUUUUCAUUACUGCAAUUUAUUCUUUUACGUUUCUUUUCUAUUCGUUUCUCUUGUUUCCAGAAUGGUCACCAGUCGAACCCAUAGAGUUUUCAUAUGGAAUUGGCAAGAUAUCUUCUGAGUUUGCUGAACUGGUGGCUAGGAAAUGCAACAUCAAAGGGGAUUCUCCAUCGAUCUGCUUUUCAAAUUAGACAUGGAGGGUACAAAGGAGCUUUGAGCUUGUGUGCAGAGACUAAUUCUACACAAUGUUUUGCAUUACAAAUUUUAUCACAUCAAUUUUUUUAUUAUUUAGUUAUAAAUUGCUCCAUGAAACUGCGUCUGGAUCAAUCUUAUUUGUGAUCCAAAACUCCAAUGACGGACCGUUCACUCAGCUUUCCUGUAAGACCGCAAGCUGCUCCUCUCUAACAAAAGAUAACGACACAAAUAUAUUUACACUAUGAGCGUUAAAUGGUGGAGGCAUUAUAUCCUCAAUAUUAUUUCUUCUACCCACUCUCAUCCUCUCUUUAGCUAAAAGAUGAGUAUUCCACAAGGCAAAGCUCGUAGGAAGAAGAAGCUUUGGAGUAAUGAAGUUUUGGAGUUUCAGGAGAAUAAAAAACAGAAUAAAUUUGUUCAUGAGUUAAUUCUUUUAUAGGUUGCACAUUGUUGUAAAAAAGGCCUUUUAAUUAAAUUUAAAGUUCAAUUAAAAAAGAAAGAAAGAUCAGUAUUCCUUUCAAAGACACGCCACUUUGAUAAAAAUUUAUAUUCCAGUCGAGAUUGACGUUAAAACCUUCCAUGAAUUAGAGCUCAAAUCGUAUAUUUCAGUAAAAAUAAUGUGUGAUUAUGAAAAAUAUCAAUGAUAGAUUUGUGUACAUGUAAAGGGUAUAGGUUUUCUCUUUUUACUAUCUAAAAUGCUACAUUCCGUGCUUUAACUUUAUUAGCAGUCUAACUUGGGUUUAUAUACGUUUUUCAGUUCUAUUUUCCAGGACAAGUGUAGUUUAAUAUAGUGUAAUCCAGUUUUGUUAUAUUUGGCUAUGUCGAGAUGACUGUUGCAGUAACCAAAACUGUAGUUCCCGAGUCUGUGUUGAAGAAGAGAGUGAGGGAGGACGGAACAAUCUAAUGCACCCUGAAAAUCAUAAGUGGAAUGAGCUAGGUCCAUAUGUUGGAUCCAAUUGGUGUCAAAAUAUAUGCCUUCUCUAUGAUAACAUUCUGAUGCACCUUGGUUUUCAGGGGAUAGGGAAGCAUGACAUCAUCUAUGUGGACGAUCUGAUCCCACAUUUGGUAGAACAUGUGUGUUAUAAAGUGUGCCUAGACGAGCCCUAGGCUAGAGGUGAAGUUACUUGGAGCCGGCGGUGAUUGUGGAAGUUGAUGAGAAUGAAAUUAAAGAAGAUUUUGGAGGAGAUGGGGCUGGUAAAGUGUUUGUGGAAGAUGAAGAGUAUAAUUAUGAUGAUGAAUGGAUUUUUAGUUUUAAAGUUUUGUUUUCAGCAUAGUUGACUUAUUUUAAAUAGUUUAUUGUUCCGUUGUUUUCUGUUACCAAAAUACUUUUUUGACAUUUGAAAGUACACACUUCAGUUCUUAAACUUUGGAAAAUUUAAACAAUUUACACUAGCAGAAGCUUAGUGACAUGAUUCAGAAGUAAUCGCUAAGAGGAGAAAAACAAAAACAAGUAAAAAUUAACAACUAACAACGCAAUAAAUUUAUUUAAACUUCAAAAUAAAAUCACAUUGUUUAAACUUAAGAAGCAAACAUAUUCGUAAUUAAACUUCAAUGCAAUUGUCAAAACAGAAAAAAACAAAAAUAUUGACCAAAUACCAAAAACAUAUAUUCAACUAAAUAUUUGAGUUAAUUAUUCAUUUAAUAGAUAAUUAUUUUAGGUACUCAAUAAUAUCUUGUGUAUUUUUGGUUUUUCAGAUAUUUAUUUGGGUUUGAGUUUGGUUCGGAUAAAACUCAUAAUCCAAAAUACCGUAGAACAAGGCACGUUCGGUAUUUAUGUUGGGUUUGGUUUGGAUUCAUUUUUAUCGGAUCGGGUUCGGUUCUGGUUUUUGUAUCCGGUUUAUUCGCCCAGUUAUAUAUCAAAUUAAAAAAAAUUUGUGUGAAUUCUAACAUAUGCAAGAUAUUUUGGAUUCUAAUUUAAAUAAGUUAUAAAUAGAAUAUGCUAUAUAUUAUGGAUUAUUUUAAAUAAGUUACUAAUAAAGAUCCGUUAAUUUCAAAUGAUUAUAUUCAGAAAUUGUUGCAAAGUCAUUUAGAUGUUAUUAUUCAAUCAUUGAUUCUUACUUCUACUAUAAGAUACAUAGGUUUAUAAUUUAUAAUAUUAAAAAUUGAAAUCAUUUUAAAUGAAAUUAUGUGUACGGACUACAAAGUAUAUAUAAUAUAUCUUAGAUUUUGUAUUUAAUCAUUUACUCGUGAAAUCUAUUAGACUUCAUUUCAAAUGACACCAUAUAAUAAACAUUUAGUUUUGAAUAAAAAUGAGUUUUAAUGAACUAUUUGAGCUUAAUUGGAGAACACUAUAUUUAGAUGACACAUGAUUUAUAAAUAAAAGAUCUGAUAACAUUUAGUGCUAAAACAUAAUCUAAAAUCAUUAAAUGAAUAAUACCAAAUUAUGGUUAAAUUUAAACUUUAAAAAUGUCCAUCAUUCUAUAGCACCUCUUUAGUUUUAAAUAACCUUAAAUUCAAUUUUAGUAACACUAAAUUUUAAAAUAUAUUAAAGAUUUACAAAAUACAGUAUCAAACAAUAGUAAAUUUCAAAUCAAUUUCAUUAAUAGAAAAAGCAACAUAUAGUCGUUAGAUUUGGACUAUGUUAAAAUCCUCUCUCUUUUUUUAAACAAAGAACAUUUAUUCUUAAACUCCCUCCUAAAAAAUGUCUUUGAAUCAUAAAUACAUCACUGAGAGAGCUCUGCACCAUCCGACUGCAAUAUAUAUCUCACUGUCGGAUUCAAUUCUUGUUACAACAAUCAAACGUAGUAGAGAACUAGAACAUCAACCAAUAGGAUCACUCUAAAACGAAAAUAAAAGAAGGCUGUCGAUUUGAAAAAUCAUAGUGUCUCACAGAACUUGAAACUUAGCAAAACGAUCAUAAUCAACAUCAGCUGCGGUAUGUCAUCAUCUAUCUGGAUAUUUUCUUCUGAUUUGUAAUAAUGUUCUAGCAUUCUUGCUUAUGUUAGAUUCUGUUUUUUCUUCAAUGAUUUAUAGGAGACAAUGGGAAAGAUGGUUAAUGUGAGUGGCUUCCCACCUGAGGUGAACGCAAUGGAGGUUAGACAGCUUUUCGAGAGUAUCACUGGUUCGGGAACUAUUCACGCGAUCAGGCUUAAAAAGACUAAGCAUGGUGAAAAAUUUUAUGCGCUGGUUCAGUUUGCACAAGAGACACAUGCGAAUAAACUCCUCACGCAAUCCACCGAAGUCAACACACCCUAUCGUCUCAAUUUUCAUGAAUGGAAAUAUGAAAUUGACAGUAAAGACAAAGCUUCAAUGGAACAUUAUAUCGACGGUUUACUCAUGCAUUUUGGAUUUUUGGCGACACCAGAGAAAUUCAAAUACCUGUACAGUGCUGGUUGUUCGUUUGGAAGUGGUAACCAGAACCUGCAUUUCUCGGCGCAUUUGAGUGAAGACUACCGAAUGGAGCUGCCUUAUGAAAACAUCGGGCAAAUCAGUUGGCAUCUCUCACAAGAAAAGGAUUCAAAGCUUCUUUUGAUUCAGUUAAAAGGAGGUCCCAAAAUUUAUGAAAACCAGAAUCAACAUGUCGAUCCUGAGUAUGAAAAGUUAAACUUCUGCAGAGGUGGUUUUGAUAAUGAGUGGAUAAGAACUACAGAUUUUACAUCAUCUUCUCUAAUCGGUCAGUCAUCUGCCAUUGUUUUCAAGUUUCCCCGUGAGCUCAAGGUUGAUUUCAAAAAUAUUUUAAUCAACAGUUCCCUCUUACACUAUCUUACUCUGGAGUUGGGGUUUUCAUAUUCAUCAAAUACCAACAGCCUUGCCCCUGUUGUUGAUCCACCUCCAGAAUUUGGUUUGCCUUUUGAGGUCUUGUUCAACGUUAGUUCAUUGGUCCAGAAUGGGUGUCUUCCUCCCACAAGUCUUGAUACUGCUUUUUAUCAGUUUCUUGAUCCCAAAACACUUGACAGAGCAUUCAUUGAUUAUGCUCUUCCAAAGUUAUUAUCCCUUGGAAAAUGUCCGUAUGAUCAUAUUGCUUGGCUAACCAAAGAGUACUUGGAAUGGGGGAAGAAAGAAAAGCCAACGGAAUCAACUUUGGACUAUCAACAUGGACUUUUUGAUAUACGUAGGGUCAAAAUUACACCUACGCGAGUGUACUUCUCUGGACCAAAGCCUCAUGAGUCAAAUCGGGUACUUAGAGAAUAUGCCAAGCAUAUCAACAAUUUCAUCAUAGUGUCUUUUGUUGAUGAGAAUCUGAAAACUCUUUCCUGCAAUGAUCUGUCUCCAAGAUCUUCUGUGAACAGAAAGACCAAGGUUUACGACAGGAUAUAUUCUGUUCUUAGCGAUGGUGUUGUGAUCGGAAAGAAAAAAUUUGAGUUUCUUGCUUACUCGGCUAGCCAGUUGAAGAGCACAUCGACUUGGAUGUUUGCACCCAUCGACGGGGUUAAGGCAGCGGAUAUUAGAUCCUGGAUGGGGGACUUUGGGAGCAUAAAGAAUGUUGCCAAGUAUGCUGCAAGGCUGGGACAAUCUUUCGGCUCUUCUAAAGAGACGCUCACUGUCGAAGCUGAUGAUGUUGAGCUGAUUCCUGAUGUGGAGAUCUUCUCUUCAGGGAAACGCUAUGUGUUUUCAGAUGGAAUUGGGAAAAUUUCUUCCGAUUUUGCUGAACUAGUGGCUAGGAAAUGCGAUAUUGAAGGAGUGUCUCCAUCUGCGUUUCAGAUUAGAUAUGGAGGGUACAAAGGAGUAGUCGCUAAGGAUCCAAACUCCUCAAAGAAACUGUCUUUGAGGAGUAGUAUGAGAAAGUUCCAUUCGGAUCACACAAAACUGGAUGUGUUGGCAUGGACCAAGGAACAGCCUUGUUAUCUAAACAGACAAAUGAUAACACUUUUGUCCACUUUGGGGGUUAGUGACAGUGUUUUUGAAAAGAAACACAAGGAAGUUGUGGAUACGUUAGACUUCGUCUUAAUUGACCCGAUGAAGAUUCUCUGUCUAAUGCCUCCAAGGGAGCAUACCAAAUUUCUCAAGGAUCUAGUCUCUUGUGGUAUUAAACCCUCAGAGCCAUUUCUAUCAAUGAUGCUUCACUACAUCAGAGAAUCAAAACUGGUGGAACUACGUACCAAGACCCGUAUUCUAAUUCCUAAAGGUAGAUCCAUGAUGGGUUGUAUGGAUGAAACGAAUACUCUAGAAUACGGUCAGGUGUUCGUACGAUGUUCAUAUUCGACAAAUCUCAGUCUCACGUCAGAAUCCAGUCCCACACAAGAUCCUACUCUCACCCUAGAUUCCAAGCCGCCAUACAACAUCAUAGGAGAUGUUGUUGUUGCGAAAAGUCCGUGCUUGCAUCCCGGAGAUGUCCGUGUGCUUAAAGCUAUUGCAGUGACAGAUUUGAAUCAUAUGACUGACUGCAUUGUUUUCCCCCAAAAGGGGCAUAGGCCACAUCCAAAUGAGUGUUCUGGAAGCGAUUUGGAUGGAGAUUUGUAUUUCGUAAGCUGGGAUCCUGAGCUGAUACCACCAAAUACGUAUGAGCCAAUGGACUACACUGCUGAGGAACCUCAAGCUUUGGAUCAUGAGGUCACCAUUCAGGAAAUCACCAACCAUUUCACGAACUACCCUCUGAAUAACAAUGUAGGAACAAUCUCAAAUUUGCAUAAGGUGUUUGCGGAUAAAGAGGGGGAGAAGGCAGGGAGCAAACAAUGCCUUGAACUGGCAAAGAUGUUUUCAGCAGCUGUUGAUUUCCCGAAAACCGGGGUUGAAGUCAAAAUACCACCACAUUUGUAUGUAAAAGAAUAUCCAGAUUUUAUGGAAAAUCAGAAUAAACUAGCGUACAAGUCCAAGACAGUGAUCGGUAAGCUUUUCAGAGAGCUCAAGAAACUAGGUCCUCCAUCUAUCUCGAGCACAUCCUCCACUCCUUUGUCUCAUGAUAAGGAUCUUGUGUUCAUGGGAUUUCAGAACCAUAUUGAGCUAGCAACCGACUACAAGAAAAGUUACGAUUCAAAAUUACGUCAUUUGAUGGACACUUUUGGAAUUGAAACAGAAGCUGAGAUUGUUUGUCGUGGUAUGGGGAUGACAGAGCCGUUCACCGAGAGUGGGGAGAUGAUUGAAAAGGCGUUUCGCUCGCUGACAAAAGAGGCAUUAUCUUGGUUCAUUGCCGAUGAAGGGGUGGAUGAAUUGGCAAAAGCCUCUGCUUGGUAUAUUGUGACAAAUUACAAAGACUAUGUGUCAACGGACUGCCUUGAGAGCAAUCAACUCUGGAGCUUCCCAUGGUGCGUUUAUGAUAGGCUAUUGAAGAUCAAAACGCUGAACAACAAGGCAGAAGUUUGUGAAGAGACGCAUUAAAACUGUGUUUUGUUACUA